ACCCGCCCGGGGCGCGCGCGCCGGGUGUCAGCGCGCGGCGUUCGGUCAGCGUCACUGAGCAGGUGAGCAGGUGCGCCGCGUUUAAAAAGUACCGGUUUCCGUCGUCGGGAACGAGCUCCAACCGCCAUAAAACGUCAAAGAAGAAGAGGAGGGAGACGUCUGGAGAGAACUGAGCAGCUUUUGGCUGAUGGAUUGGAGCGGGGCGAGUUUGACGGCACCCAUUCACUGCAGUGGAUUCCUCGGAGAACAAGUGAGGCACGAGAGGCUUCGCUGGCCCACCGGAGAGGAGGCUUGCAGGACAACCUUGGAGGACGUGACAUUGCUCUUCGCAUGCUUCUUUCCGUUUCGUUGAGUCAGAAUGAGGCUGAAGCAGGACGUGAGCCCAGUAGUGGUCGUCAUAUUCAGGCUGCUGGUUUGGCUGUACUCUCUCAUCUCUUACCUGCCGUACCUGUUGCUGAGAUCGUCCGACUCGCAGUCGUUCUCCGAUUGCUCGCGGAGGGUGAAGGCCCGUUCUGUGAGCGGACACCCUUCGGGACCGUAUCGGGACGUCGAGGCGCUGAGGACGCUGGCCACAUGCCUACAGCCCGGGGUGAGCACACUCGAUCGGGUGUUUGAAUCAUCCGUAUGCCGCUUUCCUCACUUCGACUGCCUGGGAACCAGAGAUCUGCUGAGCGAGGAAGACGAAACUCAGGAGGAUGGGAGAGUCUUCAAGAAGGUGAUUUUGGGGCAGUAUCGCUGGAUAUCGUACGAUCGGGUUUAUAAAGAAGUGAGAGCUUUCGGCAGCGGUUUGGCUGCUCUAGGACAGAAACCUCUAAAAAACAUUGCCAUCUUCUGCGAGACGAGAGCGGAGUGGAUCGUAGCGGCGCAGGCCUGUUUCAUGUACAACUUCCCAUUGGUCACUCUUUACUCUACUCUGGGUGGUCCUGCUAUUGCUCAUGGACUUAAUGAAGCUGAAGUUUCUCACAUCAUCACCAGCAAAGAACUUCUGGAGACCAAAAUCAAGAAUAUCUUGCUAGAGGUGCCGAGAUUGCAACACAUCAUCGUAGUGGACGAUAAACUCAAGAGCGGCUCUGAAUACCCACGAGGCAUCAGCGUCCACAGCAUGGCGGCUGUGAAGAGGCUGGGGGCCCUUCCUGAGAAUGCGUCACGGCAGAGACGUCCUCCGUGUGCGUCUGAUGUGGCUGUGAUCAUGUACACCAGCGGCUCCACCGGCGUACCCAAAGGAGUCAUGAUCUCUCACAGUAAUAUCAUAGCUGGAAUCACCGGCAUGGCCGAGAGGAUUCCCAACCUCGGCGAGGAUGACACAUACAUUGGCUACCUUCCACUGGCUCACGUGUUGGAGUUGAGCGCUGAGAUGGUGUGUUUGGCUCACGGCUGCAGAAUCGGCUACUCUUCACCACAAACACUCUCAGACCAGUCCACCAAGAUAAAGAAGGGAAGCAAAGGAGACAUUAGCAUCCUGCGGCCCACUUUAAUGGCAGCAGUACCAGAGAUAAUGGAUCGGAUCUACAAGAACGUGAUGCUGAAAGUGGAGGAAAUGAGUGUUUUUCAGAGGACUCUCUUUCUGUUGGCCUACAACUAUAAGAUGGAGCAGCUUGCGAUGGGAUACAGCACACCGCUGUGCGACAAACUGGUCUUCAGGAAGGUCCGGGUGUUGUUAGGUGGCCGUUUGCGGGUGUUAUUGUCCGGCGGAGCACCUCUGUCUGCUGCGACCCAGCGGUUCAUGAACAUCUGCUUCUGCUGUCCUGUGGGUCAAGGCUACGGCCUCACGGAGACCUGCGGCGCCGGGACCAUCAGCCAGCUUUGGGAUUAUAGUACAGGACGAGUCGGAGCUCCACUGGUUUGCUGUGAAAUUCAGCUGAAGGACUGGAUAGAGGGUGGAUAUCGCAGCACGGACCGGCCCUGUCCUCGAGGGGAGAUUCUGGUCGGAGGGCCCAACGUGACCAUGGGUUACUACAAGAACAAACAGAAGAACAGUGAGGACUUCUUCGUGGAUAAGAAAGGCCAGCGGUGGUUCUGCACCGGAGACAUCGGGGAGUUUCACGGAGACGGCUGUCUGAAGAUCAUCGACCGUAAGAAAGACCUGGUGAAGCUUCAAGCGGGAGAAUACGUGUCUCUGGGAAAAGUGGAGGCUGUUUUGAAAAACUGCCCACUUGUGGACAACAUCUGCGCUUAUGCCAACAGUGACGAGUCUUACGUGAUUGGCUUUGUGGUGCCCAAUCAGAAGCAGCUGCUGGCUUUGGCUGAGAGGAGGCGUGUCAGAGGCUUGUGGGAGGAGCUCUGUAACAACCCCGUCAUCGAGGAGGAGGUGCUUAAAGUCAUCACAGAAACAGCACUGACAGCCCAGUUAGAAAGAUUCGAGAUCCCACGGAAGAUCCGGCUGAGCGUUGAGCCCUGGACCCCAGAGACCGGCCUGGUUACAGACGCUUUUAAACUCAAACGAAAAGAGCUGAAAACUCACUACCAGAACGACAUUGAGAGGAUGUAUGGUGCCAAAUAGAGCCAAACCACUGGACAGGCAAGAAAAAGUUAUCUCACUAUAACCACCUUCAAUCAGGAUGGAGAUUUCCAGUGGACGCUACCGACGGGAGCAUGAUCGUUUGGAAAGGUUUUCAUACAGUUUGACGACCAACACUCACAACCAGCUGGUGCCAAAAGUGAUGUUAGCCUUUCUUCCAGACUCAAAGCUGCUAAACCCCUUCCAAAUACAUGCGUUUUCUCCCAAAACCCUGCCAUGUCAACAAAUCAGAAGUGAGAAGGAUCGGUGCUGUAAAUAAAUGGUCACAUGCAUCCUAAUAAUCCAGACUGAAACGGGUAGUAUAGACCUAAAAGAAAUGCACGCUUGUGCAAUGCAGAGAAGUUUUACUUCAAACAAACGUGUUUAUCCAUGUGUCAUAUUUAAUGAAUAUGCACAAAAUGCAGUAUUUGUUAAAAAAAACUGUUUUGCAUAUAUGUCAGUUUUCAUUUUAGAAAUCAAGGCAAAGCUUGGGAGAAAGCGCUGGAUUGGAUUCAAACCAACUGACAAACGAUUAAUGCGUGUAAAGAUACCUAAUGUGAUUUCUCAGGACACUUUUAUGCAUUUUAUUCCCCCCCAAAAAGCUUUAUGAUACUUCCCAUGAUGCUUUGGAUCUCCAGAAUGUUGCUCUGAUUCACAGUAGGUCAGUCUCGCUCUGUGUCCCUCUUCUAGUUCUUCCCUGUACACAAACAAUGCAUUAUGGGAUGUUUUUCCAAGCUCACGUUUUUCUCUCUCCAAACAAUACUAAAGCCAUUAUUUGGCUUUCUUUCUGAAAUCUUCAUUUAAUACUGUCAGAUGGGAGACCAAUGAUCUACAAAGACCUAAUAUCUUUAAGCGUAAUUUAUUGUUGUGAUAAUUAGCUUUAUUUAAAUAUAAUAACUGGCUUAUAGGAGAGCAUGAAAUCCCUACAGCAUUUGUGCUCAUUGGAUGAUUCUGACAGAUGUUUCUAUUGGAUGACUGUAUAUCCUGCUGGACAGGACAAUAGAUGGAGUAUAAUUAUACUAAUAUAAACCGUUCGAACACGUCCAUUUAACGUUUGAUGUGAUUUCUCUCAUUUCAGGGAGCUUUUCCGAUCAUUGUCUAUAAAGACAAACGGACUUGUGCUAAAAUGAUUUCAGAACAAGUCGAACAGUUUCACUCUGAAGAGACCAGAUAAAGCUUGAGGUGUGAAGGUUUGGCUGGUUAGGUUUCAUCUGUGUUUUGGUCAAAUAGGCAAAAUGUAUUUUCUCGAUUGGAGGUCAUUUAAAAUCCAUUUCCACCGCUCAAUAAAUAAUAAUAAAACGAGAACUGCAACUACUUACUUUUUACAGAUUUGUCAGACUUAAACUUGCUACGGUGCGUUAUGAAGUCAGAAUAGUCAAAUAUAAAGUAAGGCUUCUCGCUUCUGACUUUUUUUUUUUUUUUUUUUCAAACAAAUGGAACAAAUAGUCCUUUUUCUGCUCAGAAUUGGACCGUAUAGCUUAAACCGUAAAAACUGGACCAUAAAAGAAGUCUGGAUUGUGAGAUACUGUAUAAACACCAAACCGCAAGUUAUACAGUCCAAGUCUGAGGAGAAAGAAAAAAAAAAGACCAUUUUCUUACAAUUGGUCCAAUUCUCAUGAGUUUAUAGACUUUAUUUUUCAGAGCUGCGAGUUUAUAUCGCGCAGUAUUUUGAGAUGAAAAGUCGUAAUUGCCUACUUUGCUUUUUAUGCAGUCGUGGAAACGGACUUCCAUAUAAAAAAAAGAAACAUGUUCUGAAAUAAACUGAAUAUAAAAUGACAAAACAAAUCCGGUGUAUUGUAUUAGAUCUUUUUGGCAGGCUUUUAAUAAUGGGAAAACAUCUCGCUACUGCAGAGAUGCUAAUAUUGUGAUCGAUCGCACGACACUUAUGGCUCAAAAAUAGUGCUUCAGGACAAAGUAAAAAUAGAGUUGAAUAUAGAUUGAUUUGAUUUCUAAUGUUUUUUAUUCGUAGCUGAACAGAAGCGUUCCCUGGCCGUCUCGGGCCGUUAAAUGAUCUCAGUGGAAGCGGCAGUCAUAAACCCUCUGUUCUCGUUGUUUAUUUCUCUCACGCUCUCUCUCCUCUCAACAUUAUUACUUUGUCCUUUUGGUCCUCGGCUGUUUGGUGCCCCUGAUAAUAGCCUAAAAUGAACUAAAAUGAAAUCAGUCAUUCAUUUAUUUUGCCUUGACAUUGAUCCUGUGAAAUUGAGAUAACGGAAUAAAGGGCUUUCCUGCGCG